AUGGGCCUCCGUUGCCUCGGGGGCCUCAGGGAGGCGAGCAGCAGCAAGGAGACAGCAGAAGAAGACGAUGAAGAAGAAGGAGACAGUAAGGAGACAGCAAAAGGAGACAAAAGCAGCAAGGAGACACCUGAUGAGGAGGAUGAAGGAGACGAUGACGCAGCAGACACAAAAGACAGCAAAAGCAGCAGCAGCAGCAGCAGCAGCAGCAGCAGCAGCAGCAGCAGCAGCAGCAAGAGCAGCAGCAGCAAAGAGAAUGAAGACGGAGAUGAUGACGAUGAUGAUACGAAAAACAGCAGCAAAGACAAAGACACAAAAAAGGAGACAAACAGCAGCAAGACAGACAAAAAGGAGACAGCAGAUGAAGAAGAAGACAGCGAGGAGACAAAGGAGACAGGCAGCAGCAGCAAAGACAGCGAAAAGGAGACAAAAGAAAACGAAGACAGCGACAGCAGCAGCAAUGAGCAACCACCUAGUCAACCAGUGCGUUUCCUGAUGCGAAAGGGGACAGCUCACCCCGUGGGCGGGGUAUCGAGUUGGCUGUCUGCUGGUUUUGCUGCUGCUGCUGCGGAGACACCCCAAAGUGAAUUCGGAGACAGUGAAGGAGACACCCCACAGCAGCAAGAAGAAGCGAGAAAACAAGAAAAGGAGCAGCUAGCUAAGGAACGCCAGGCAGACAAGGAGAAGCAGCAGCAGGAGACACGGAAGCAGGCAGCAGAGUCGACCCACGAGAGCGUGGAGGAGUUGUCUUCAGAGUCCUCAUCUAAGGGAUUAGCAGCAGCAGCAGGAGAAGCAGCAGCAGCAGGAGCAGCAGCAGCGGGAGCAGCAGCAGCUGGAGCAGCAGCAGCAGCAGCAGGCGCAGCAGCAGCAGCAGCACAGAAGGCAAAGCAUCCAUCCCCAGCUCCAACAGAGAAAGAAGUGGAGGCAGAUAUGCUGCCUGCGCAGCUGCUGCAGCAGGUGCAGCAAACAGCAGCAAACAGAACAACAGACGAGCAGCAGAAGCUGGUGCAGGCGCUGCACCUCUCGCAUGCAGCAGCAGUUAAGCUGCAGCACAUGGGGCUGCCGGUGACCCCGGAGAAUCUCGUCAAGGCGGGGGUCUCUAUAAAGACACAAGGAAAGAUAGCAGAGGCAUUAGGCCUCAACCAGCAGCAGCAGCAGCAGCAGCAGCAACAGCAGCAGCAGCAGCAGCAGCAGCAGCAACAGGGACAGGGACAGGGACAGCAGCAGCAGUUACCGCAACAGGUACAGCAGCAAUUACCGCCACAGGUACAGCAACAGUUACAGCAGCAGCAGCAGCAAGCGCAGCAGCAGCAACAGCAACAGCAGCAGCAGCAGCAGCAGCAGCAGCAGCAGCCAGGGUUGCUGCGUGUAGGGUCUCUUGAGUUGCAGACGGGUCAGUGGCUGCGUGGGUCUGCGGGUGGUGCUGGUUUAUGGGGUUCAGCAGCAGCAGGAGGAGCAGCAGCAGCAGCAGGACUCUCCCCCGAAGCAGCAGCAGCAGCAGCAGCAGCAGCAGCAGCAGCAGCAGCAGCAGCAGGGGCUCAUAAAGGAGGAGAAACAGAGGACCCUCUGUAUCUGAGGCUAGUAGAGAACACCCCGCUGAUGGGAGAAGCAGAAAGACAAGAGGUGUGGGGUGAUAUAAAGACAGCGAGAGUAGCAGCAAAACAACUAAUAAAAAGGGGCCUAGAACCCACAAAAGAAAACCUAAAAAAAGCAGGAAUCAGUAUAGAGAAACAAAACCACAUAGCGUGGGUACUGGGUCUCCCUUUUAAUGAUAAAGACAGCAGCAGCAGCAGCAGCAGCAGCAGCAGCUUCUUGCGCUGGUGGGGGAAGCUUAGCCGCACAGAGAAAGCACUGUGGGGAGCAGCAGCUCUGCUGCUUCUUGCUGCUGUUGCUGCUGCUGUCUACUGUAUACACAACAAAAUCCUACGCAGCAUCAAACGCAUGCGGUGUAUAUACAGAGAAGCGUUUCUGGCUAAGCUGCACCGGGAGUGCAGGAAGAGAAGGAAAGAGAAGCAGCAGCAGAAGCAGCAGAUGUUGCUGCUGCAGCAGCAAAUACAGCAGCAACAGCUGCUGCUGCAGCAGCAACAAACGUCAAACCAAGAAGGGCAGCAGCGUCAAGGCAGUCUAGUUAAGGAGCUGAGGCUGAAGCUUAGCCCGCAGCAAACAGGAACAGCAGCAGCAGCAGCAGCAGCAGCAACUGAAGCAGCAGCAGAAGCAGCACAACGCCACCCAUCAACUGUCUCCUCUUCUGCUGCUGCUGCUGCAGCACCCUCAAGGAGACACCUCAGGGGGUUCACGCUGCGGGGGCAGCAGCUCAGCAGCCCCCUGCAGUCGCACGAGGAGACAGGCAUUGACGCUCGCAUGCGCUGCAGCAGCAGCAGCAGCAGACAUAACCGAGCAGCAGCAGCAGCAGCAGCAGCAACAGGAACAGGAGGAGGGGACACAGGCGUAGCUGUCUCCGUUGGUGCCGCUGCAGCAAACUCCAGCAGCUAUCUGCUGUCUCCUCGCCCCCACCCCACACAUGCAGAGACAGAGACAGCAGCAGCAGCAGCAGCAGCAGCACAACACAGACAGCGCAGCCACCAGCCAUUGCAUGCAGACCUGCCUAUACACCCCAACGAACCAAAGAGAAGCAGCAGAAACCAACACGAUGGAAGCAGCAGCUACAGGAAACACACACGCGCAUGA